UUAUUCUUUUACUACAAUUCAUUAUUCUUAUCAUUUUCAUUCUUUGAAUCGCGGAGCGACUGGCUCAUUACGUGAAUCAUCACUUCAGUCUCUGCUUCAUUAAGAAAUAUAUUCCAUUCCUGUGCUCAAUUUUUUUUCUAGCCCAACUAUCGAUUCAGACUCAUGUCGGUUGAGAGAAUUUUUUUGGUAAUUGUCUGGAUCACGAGGUUCGGUGGAAAUUAUGUGGAGUGCAACAGCAUCCAAAGGAUUCCCAGAGAUGACCCAAAUACUGAAAAUGUCAAGACUUUCAGAUAUCCACGAGCGAAUCAAUCAUCAGUGGCAAAAAAAUCUGAUGACCUGCACCUCCCGAUCUGCUGUCCACCAGAAAAAUUCACAGUUGCAUCCAGAUACGUGAUUUGCGAAUCAAGUUCUUUUUAUGAUUUCGAUGGGCCUGUGAGAUUGAGGGAGGACAUACCACCAGCAGAAGAGGUAUCAAAUAAUUACCAUCAAGUGGUUGGAAGUUCAUGCGAGAUUGGACCAUUCUACGAAUUAUCGGACGAAGUUCCUAGAGUUGAUAGAUUUCUGAUGCUAGAUGAUGGACGACUUUUUGUUGUUGAUCCGUAUUCACCAGUGCCGAGUGGAUUCGUCAGGGUUGAUCAUUAUUGUAUGAGUAGUUUCCUGGGGAAAAAUGGUACAUACACGAGAAUUAUUGCUUGCAUUCAACAAAAAUCCAUAAAGGAACAUCAGAGUUAUGCAAUUAUUGUUGCAUUACCUGUACCUUUUCUCAUUGUAACGUUCCUGGUCUACGCCUGUUUACCUGAAUUGAGGAACGUCCAUGGCAUGAUACUCAUGGCUUAUGUUGCUUCUGUACUCUGGGCAUAUGGAGCUGUCACUUUUGAGAGAUGGAAAUCUAUCACUCUACCAGAUAAUUUAGAGCUAUGUAAAUUCUUAGGGAUCACAAUGUAUAUUUCAUUGCUGUCCUCUUUCUUCUGGCUCAACGUCAUGUGCUUCGAUAUCUGGUGGACCUUCAGACAAUUGCGUCCACCGCGACGCAACGUAAAGCAGAACAAGUGGAAAAUAUUCAUUAUCUACGGAAUUUAUGCAUGGGGAUAUCCAUCGAUCAUAUUGAUUUUGAUCAGUACAGUUGGAUAUGUACCGAAAAAUGAAGAUGACAUCAGGCCAAGAUUCGCGGACGUCGCGUGUUGGUUCAAAAAUCGCACUGCGGAGUCAAUAUGUUUUUACUACCCCGUGGUGAUAACCGUCAUCUGCAAUAUUCUUCUUUUUGCAUUAACAAUACGAAAGAUUUACAAAGACAAGAAGUCAAUUGCUGCAUUAUUAAAAUCGAGUGAUAGUCGUCGUCAUAAUCAUCAUGAGCAGAGAUUGAAUAUCUACCUGAAACUGUUCGUCGUGAUGGGAAUUAAUUGGUCGAUGGACAUCAUCGCCUGGUUGUUGAAAAAUCAGGCCCAAUGGAUAUGGCAUGCAGCGGACCUUCUGAAUUCCUUUCAAGGAAUCAUGAUUUUCGUGAUUUUUGUUUGGAAGGAUAGAAUAAAGCGACGCUUGAUCAAACGCUUUGAAUGCCUAUCUCCAUACACUCUCAACAAUUGAAAAUACUCCGACAAUUAAUUUAUAUAUUCUUAUUUAAUUCAUCAACUACCACGACUAAUAAAACUUGAUCAAUUAAUUUUUUAAAUUAAUUAUCCUGUCAUUCGGAGAUUGCUGUAAAUUACACAGACGUCAUGCCGUAGAAUUUUCAC